CUGUUAGAGGUAAUAUGAAGGAGAUGCAGGGAUAUUUACAUGUUGUAACACUCUUCCGUUGUUGGUAGAGCAGAGAGAACACAGCAGUCAUGGUCACAGAUAUUAAAAUAAGUCUGUAGGUGAUUUGACUGUGGAAAUAACAGCUGAGCAAUGUUGCUUUUGUUUAGUAUAUUUUCAGUAGGGAAGGAGAUUAGUACAGCUGUAGCUGGAAGAGGGCAAGCAUCGUUUUAAAUUGUGGAGAGAGAAAAAGCCCAACAAGAUGUUGUGGAGCCUGUUGUUCUUCUCUCUGAUUGCUUCCUUCAACACAGAAAGUAUACAACUAAGUGGGACCAAAACAAACCAGUCUUCAUUCUAUGAACACGACGAUGAGAAAUACACUUCUGAAAGAGCUAUUGAUGAGGAUGUAAAGAUAUGUGUUAACACCUUGGACAAGAUGAACAGCUGGUGGAGAAUUGAUAUGAUGGGUGUCUACAGAAUUAGUAGUAUCGAAAUCUUCCACAAAAAGUCUUCUCAUAGUGAUAUAAACGGUGCUGAGAUCUACAUCGGGUACUCUCCUGAGUGCAACAGAACUGCCGACCUCAAGUUUGAAACAAUUGGAAACUUCCAAAUAGAACAUUGGAAUACCUUUAUAGAAUCACCCUUUGUGCUGAUCCAAGAGAGUAAGACUUGGGAAGAAGCUCUGUCUUACUGCAGGGCCGAGAACAUGGACCUUGCUUCCAUCCUUGACGCAAAAACCCAGACCAUGGUUGAGUUGGAGGCCAUGAACGCCACCACUGACUUUGUGUGGCUGGGACUCGGCCACAUCUGCAUCCUUGAUUUCUGGUUCUGGGUCAAUGAUCACUGCUUAACAUUUAAAUACUGGGCCCCAGAAAGUGGGACAGACGUCUGUGACGUGAGUGCUGCCAUGGGAAAAAAAAGGAAGCAUUUUUUGGUACAAAAAGAAAGCUGAACAGCCGUUUAAUUUCAUCUGUGAAAAGUGAGAGAAAUCAUUGUUGUUGUCUCUUCUCUGGUCUUAUUUUAAUUUGGAUUAGGUUUAGUAGUGGCAAUAUUGUGUUCCAACAGAUUAUCCUCCAAUAGGUAGGCUAUGUUACGGUUCAGGCUCAGUGCAGCAGCAUCCCAUAUAAAAGUGAUGGAACAAAGCGGAGGGUAUUUGCACUGAUCAUUUAUACUUUAAGUUGGUUUAAAUGGCAACAGUUGAUUUAAUUUGUGUCACUAUGUAUUUUAGGCCAGAUAUGCAGUGACUUUGUGAAAUUUGCCAAAGUGGUGUCAAUGUAUCCUUCAUUUGUAAUUUAUGAUACUUUAAUAUAUAGUGAUUAAAUGAUAUAUAUAUUUUAAAUCCUAUUAUUGAAAUGAAACUUGGCUUCAUUUGAAUGGUCUGUCCAUAU